AUGGGUCAGCCUAAUCAAACUAUACCUACUCAAUCUGUCAUGAAUGAAGUUGGUUCAACAGCAACAACUGAAGUUGUUGGAGCAGAAUUAGUUAAUACCCAACCUACAAAGAAGAGGAAAGCUAGUGCAAGUGGUUCUAGGCAAUCAUCUGCUUGUUGGGAGCACUUUAUUAGAUUACCAGAUGACUUAGUUGAUACACCAACUGCAGCUUGUAAACACUGCGACAAAAAAUACCUAUGUGACCCUAGGACUCAUGGCACCACCAACAUGAACCAUCACAUUCUAAAAUGUGCAAAGAAGCCUAGAACCAUUGAUCCCACCCAAACUAUUCUGACAUACCCCUCUGCAGAAGGAUCUAGUUUGGGUCAUGUUAGCUCCAAAUUUGACAAGCAAGCUUGUAGAAAAGCUUUGUCAAUUUUUGUGGUUCUAGAUGAACAACCAUUUAGUGCAGUUGAGGGGGAAGGUUUUAAGUACUAUUCUAAAGUAAUGCAGCCCCAGUUUACUCUCUCAUCUAGGCGUACAGUAGCUAGAGACUGUUUUCAGCUACACUUGGAUGAGAAACAAAAACUAAAAGCCUUCUUUAAGUCUGACUGCAAUAGAGUAGCACUUACUACUGAUUUUAUUCCAAACCACAAGGGUGAUACGGUAGGUAGGAAGAUUGAAGAGGUGUUAAGGGAUUGGGGAAUUAGGAAUGUGUCUACCAUAACUGUUGAUAAUGCAACUUCAAAUGAUGUAGCUGUAGCAUAUUUGCAUAGAAAAAUAUCAACUAUGAAUGGGAUGAUGGGGGAUGGAAAAUGUUUUCAUAUGAGGUGCGCUGCUCACAUAUUGAAUUUGGUGGUAAAUGAGGGUUUGAAAGAUAAGCAUUUGUCUAUUACUAAUGUUAGGGAUGCUGUUAGAUUUGUCAAGUCCUCACCUCAUAGGGCAGCCAAGUUUAAAGAGUGCAUUGAAUUUGCUGGAAUAACUUGUAAAAAACUAGUAUGUCUCGAUGUUUCAACUCGUUGGAACGCGACAUAUUUGAUGCUUGAGGCUGCAGAGAAGUUUCAAGCUGCUUUUGAUAAGCAUGAGUAUGAAGAGUCGAGCUAUAGGGAGUUCUUUGGAAAAGGUAGUCCUCCUAGUAGUGAUGAUUGGGACAUUGUUAGAGCUUUCAUCUCUUUUUUAAAGUUAUUCUAUGAAGCAACUAAUGUUUUUUCCACCUCUCAAAGUGUGAGUUUGCAUAGUGUUUUUCACCAAGUGUCUGCGAUGUAUUGUGAGCUGAAGCAAGCUACUAUGAACUUGAAUGGUGUUUUUGCAAGUGUGGGUGGGGACAUGAUGGAAAAGUAUAAUAGAUAUUGGGGGUGUGCUACUAAGAUGAACAAGUUGAUUUAUUUUGGAAUCAUUUUGGAUCCAAGAUACAAGUUGAGUUAUAUUUAG